AUGGAGUGUGUUCUGAGGAUGCCUAGAAAAGUCAUGCCAGAUUGUCUGACUAUUGAAGAGCAGGAGAAGCAGAGGGAAGAGAGGAAAAUCCGCUACGAAGCCGCAAAGCACCGAAUGGCGGUUGCCCGUAGACUCCGUAUCCUAGAAAAGAAGCGUCUAAAAAAGCAAUUGAAAUCCGAAAAACAACGACUCGAGGCGCGCACCCGCAUCAAUCUUGUCGAGUGUCAACAGAAGGCCCGAGCUACGAUUGCAACCCAAGUUUUGCGGAUUCUGGAGUCACGGGAGAGAAAGAAAAAGGAGAAUAUGACGAUGGCGAUGAUGGAGAAACAGUUGUUGAAAGCGUUGGGAAUAGAGGAGACGACCAGUUUGGGAGUGGAGAAGAAGAAAAAGGAAGUGGUUGUGGUGAAGGCGCCUAUUCCUCCAGAAGUUGAGCUGGAAAUCGCUACUAGUGAAAUUAUAGAUGAUAAGAAUAAUGAUUUAUUUUUUGAAUAA